GAUGUACACGUCAGAAACGUCAUCUUUAGCAACAACAAAAAAUACGUGGUUGAGUCAAGCAAGUUUUUAACUUGCAGAUCUCAGCCUAACCAGCCUUCACAACGCAGCUCCAGCAAAAACUUUAAAUUAAACCUAACCUUUUGUAAAUAAAGACAAGGAAAAAAGAGGACUAAAAUAUGUACCACUAUUUUUAAAGUUGAGUUUGGCUGACCUCAUGUUUUUAAAUAAAUGAACUGUUGUUUUUGUAGUGGGCAGACGAAACCCAAAAAGCAGUCCAAAAUGGAUAGCAGUGUGGAUAUACCUGUUGAGGAAUACCGGGCAAUGGGCGAUCAUGAGAAAGAUGGGGCAGCUUCGGUAUCUAGAGAACACGAUUUUGUUCAAAAUACGGUGAAAAACAACCGUAUUGUAGUUUUCAGCAAAAGUCAUUGCCCUCACUGUGAUGAUUCUAAGACAUUGUUAAAUAACAUGGGCGUUAAUUACACUGCCAUAGAACUGGAUCAGAUCAAAGAUGGGAGUCAAGUGCAGAAUGUUCUUGGUGCAAUCACUGAUGCUAGAACUGUCCCAAGAAUCUUCAUUGAUGGCCAGUGUGUUGGUGGCAACAGUGAUCUAAAAACACUUAACAAGACUGGCCAGCUGAAGCAGUUGUUGCGAGAUAGGCACAAUUGAAGUGCAUCAGUGAACCAUGUACCUCAACCUCGCUUUGACCCUCUCCUCAGAUGCCUUUAUUUGUAGCUCACAGAUCUUAUACUCAAGUAAUAAAGCAAAGAAAGGACUUAUCACAACUUUAUUUUAAACUGCUGAAAUCUGUAUCUGUUAGAAAGAAAAAUGUGAAAAAUUACACUAACAACCUCCAUUAGGCUGGGCUGAUAUGAUGUAACAAUAUAAAAUAAAAUGUUAUCAGUCUGGCAAGCAAAUGUGUUACUUAAGUAAAUUUUUUUCUUCAUUCUAUAAAGUCCUGCAUUUACAGUUAAACUUGCCUUUCAUUGUUUAUUUUCUUUUAAAUAAUGACAGUACUAUUUUAAAAUUUGAAUAAAUAAUUACAACUGUGUAAACAUCUUUAAAAUGUAAAUUUAAAAUGCAUUUAAUUUACCACACCUCUGGAGUUGAUUGUUUACAUUUUUAAAAAUGUCACAAAUUCAAGAUUAAUAUAAUGACACUUAUUUAAACAUAGAUUUUAAAACACAAUUUUAUGCAUAUGAAGAAAACAUUUUACAUGUUGAGUAUUAAAUAAAACAGGCAUUGCAUAAGGCAC